GAGGUUUAGGGGAGGUUCAAUAUGCAGCUGUGUGGAUUGGAAAGUAACGUAGUACGAGGCUACAGUUUGUACUCAGCUGCUAAUAUACAAUAAUUUAUAUUAAUAAAACUCAGUAUUAUUCAGAGCCAACUUUAAAACUGUGUUUAUAAUUAAGCUCCGAGGCGUGUUUGGUACCACAGAAUCCACCUUCAUUAGAAAUGAAAGCGGGCGUGCUUCACUGUCGAUGCCAUAAAUGUUUUUCUUUGCCUGCACGAAAGAGGGUUCGAAAGCAGGUUCCAUCUUUGGGGCUUCUCUCUCUCCCUGAGGAAGUGCUGCUGUAUGUACUCCAGUGUCUUUCGGCUGAAGACCUGCUCGCUGUCAGAGCUGUGCAUUCUCAACUUUGUGAUAUAAUCGACAACAACUCAAGUGUUUGGGCGCGAGUCAGCUUUAAGGACCGCUGGCCGGCUACGGAAACUGUCUGGCUCUUUAAGAGAGCUGCUGAGAAAGGAAAUUUUGAGGCUGCAAUAAAACUAGGAAUUGCGUAUUUGUACAAUGAAGGGCCAUCGCUUAGUGAUGAGGGCCGGGCUGAUCUGUGCGGCAGUAUGGCCGCUCGGUAUUUCUCCCUGGCAGAGAGUCUGCGCUCCCCGCUGGCUGAUCCCUUCGUCUGGCUUUUUAUCCGGCCACCGUGGUCUCCCUCUGGUAGCUGCUGCAAGGCCGUGGUGUACGAGCAUCUGAAAGCAGAAAGCGAUAGCAACUUGGAGAGAAGAGGAACACUGCUGCAUUGCCUGGCGAGAGUUCUUGAGCUUUUUGAUGACGAAGAAAAACGAUCAGAAGCUCUGGCCAUGCUGGAUGAGGCAUCAUGCCGUGGAAGUGUGCGGAGCGCCUACCUUCUGUGGCAAAAAAAUCGGCACACAGCUAUGGUUGACCCUGGCAGGUAUCUGCAGCAGGUGCGCACUCUCAGGGACUAUGCUGCCAAAGGCUGCUGGGAAGCUCAGCUGUCUUUAGCAAAGUCAUGUGCAUGUGGAAAUCCUUUGGGUUUGGAGCCACGAGCCUGUGCUGACCUGGUGGCCCAAGUCUUUCUUUCCCGCCCAUCCCGUCUGUCUGGUUCAGACAGGCUGCACAAACGAGGCAUCAACGACACCAUGAGGUACAUCCUGGUGGACUGGUUAGUGGAGGUCGCAACCAUGAAGGAAUUUUCCAGUCCAGCACUGCAUGUCACUGUGGCCUGUGUGGAUCGUUACCUUGCUCAGCGCUCUGUGCCCAAAGCCAGGCUGCAGCUUCUGGGUAUUGCCUGCAUGGUUAUCUGCACUCGGUAUAUCAGUAAAGAGAUUCUGACCAUUCGAGAGGCUGUGUGGCUCACUGACAAUACUUAUCAGUAUGAAGACCUGGUCAGGAUGAUGGGAGAAGUUAUCUCUGUGUUGGAGGGAAGAAUUCAGACUCCCACUCUGCUGGACUAUGGCGAGGUGCUGCAGUCUUUGCUACCCAUGCAGAGGCGCACUGCUCAUCUCUUCAGCUACACAUGUGAACUCUCUCUCCUCUUUUCUCCGCAUAAGUUGCCUGGCCCUGCCCAUCUCGCCAGUGCCACCCUGCUGCUCACUCGUGCACUACAUAACUACGUUCCAGUCUGGCCAAAUCAGUUGGUGGAGAACACAGGUUUUUCUAAGCAGGAUCUAGUACCCACUGCUUUGCAGCUUUACAUUAAAUGUUUUAGUCAAGAUGUGCCAAAAGACUACAGACAAGUGUCCUUAACUGGUGUCAAGCAGAGGUUCGAAGGUGAUGCUUUUCAACAGAUAAGCAAAGAAAUUGUAAUGGAUUUUAAGGAACUGUGCCAGGUGCUGGAGGUUUCAGAUGCCGAGCUCCACAUCGAGUGUCCCAGUCCCAACAGCCAAUCAGCAGACCUUCACACAUUCCUGUCCUCUCCAUCUAGGAACGGCCAAAGCAGGAGAGAUGACAGCAUGCAUUCUCACAGAGGUAGUUUUGUUGCCACGCCCAUAGCUGAGCUGUCCACUCAAGAAGAGACACUUGUGGGGGAUAUCCUGGACUGGAGCCUGGAUGCUUCCUGCUCAGGAUACGAGGGCGAUCAGGAUAGUGAUGGAGAGCGAGAUGCUGAGACUUCAGCCUUGUCUGUCCAGUUGCAAUUCUCUCUGGAAUCCACUGACAUGCGACUGCACUGCCGCGCCCUCUCCAGCGACGAGGACAGCAUCUGCCAACCUUCCUCCUCCUGCGCUAAACUUUCCUCCAAAAGCCCGCUCUGCAUCAACCUCCACAGCUCAGGUUACUCCUCAGUUCAAAGCAGCAGCCCUUCCUCAUCCUCACCAUCCUCCUCCACCCUGAUGCCCUGCCAUCUCUCGCCGGUAAGCCUGACUCCCUCCUCAGCACCUGCUUCACCUGGCUUCCGCCUGUUGGUGCCCAUGCAGAGACCUUGUGGCUCGGCACAGCGGCAAGUCAAAAGGAAGAACACGGCGGCGCACAGCGGUGAAGACGUGGACAUGGAAGAGGAGGACGGAGAUGUCGCAAGCACUGGCACUGAAGCUUUCCUCAGUCUGUAAAGAUUAUAUACCAAAUCACUGAUGCCACUGAUCACCUCAGUGCCUAAAGGGUCUGUGCCAGCUGGGAGCUUUAAAAAAAGUCUCCAGUAUGCAGCUGCUGGUGCUCAAAGGGAAGUGCAGGCAAAAAAAUCAAUGCAUUUGUAUCUGGAGCUUUGACUCUGGGGCAUGUUUGUCCCAUUUGAUUCAUUCCUCAGCUAUUUAACCACUGGAAAGUUUGGACAAUCUGCUCGUGAACCUGUGUGCCACUAAAUACUAUUCCGAUCAUCAUAUCCCUGACUCAAGGACUGUUUCAGAAGCUACUUUUUAUAUAGUUACAUCUAUAGAACUUUUUUACAUCUCAGAGACUUAAAUUCAGGUAUUGAGAAAGCUUCCUUAUAAUAAAGGAACCGUCUCCAUAUUCAGUAUGAGCCUACACAUCCCAAAUGGUCUUUUUAUUUCUUAACGGCACUGAUGUGUUUCUCUGGGCAGCUUGACUAUCCUUGUCUAUGUAAAAGACUAAGUUAUACAUUACAUGUCUUUGUAUGUCUGUAUGCUUUUUGCUUUUUUUGUAUUUACCAUCCUACUGUUUUGUGCCAAUGUUCUGAUACCAAAGGUACCACCUCUAGCAUAUUCAAGUUGCUUGGCAGCAUAUUUUGUACUGUAAAGUCUUCACUCGGACUCAGUGCCAGAUUGAUUGUGAUAGCGUGACUGCCUGUGACGAAGAAAAAUGGAUACCCUAAGGAACUAGUUCAAAUUGUUCUCCCGUCCCUCUCUUAUGUACUUAUUCCAGUCAUUUCCAAUUCCCAAUUGUGAAGAACCCAAUCGCACACCACCUCUGACACGUUUCUAAUCGGCAGCCGCUUCUUAUGACCUGCCAGAGAGCCACGCUAGGUCAGCUUUCCCUCCCUCAAACACUGCCUCUUUGCUUGGACUCCUGCCCAGGUCGGUGGCUUUACUGCGAGCCUGCGUAGAGACGGGGAAUAAUGGAGAUGAGUGUGUGAUUCUCCAUAUAUAAUACCUUUCGUGAACCCUCAUUCAUGUCAAAAGUAGCUGUUGGCUACUACGUGUCAAAGGGGGCGUGUUCGGUACGGCCCUCCUCACUCAGUACAAGGGUCUGAGCAUUAGAGGAAAUACAUUAAUGGAUGCAAAUUAAUUGGGAGGAAUAUAGCCUUAAAAAUUGCCUUUCUUUACCUUUUGUGUGUCUAUUCACUCAACAAGUCUCACCGAAAAAGUCCCCAGUGCUGAAAUUGCUAAAUGUAGUUUUCCAUGAGAACCAGUAAAACACACCUAUUUAAUAAGGCACAUGGCUCUUGCAGUUUUGUAGGAAAGCAUCCAGACAGUUGGCAGAUAACUGGGUUCUAAUUUUAUGUUUACAUUUUAUGUUUUCUGUACGUGUACAUUUGCCGAGUGGAGGCGUUUUUAACACACUGCUGUAUCAAGCCACCUACAGGUUCAUAUAUUGUACAGCAUUUAUGCUCAAAAUGUUCCUUCUCAGAUGUGUCACAUAUGAAGUCAUCACCACUUAUUGUCCUGGUAUGCUUUUGGGUGUUUAAAGUGUUUUCAUUUUUGACUGGGGGAAGAAAUAUUUGAAAAAUAUUGCAGCUUUUUUUUUACGCACUUGUACAGCUUACAUGCCUGGCUUUUCUGAAACGAUUAACUUUGUGAAGCCUAAACACUGUUAAAACAUUACUCACAGCAACAUUACAGAAGCAGGAGCAUCACUUGUAUUCAUCUGUAAUAUUUCAUGUCCGGUGGCGUUCUCUACCGGAAGGACUGUACCUGUUUGUAAGAAACGAUGCAUUACAAAAUAUGACAAAUCUUUACAGUACUGUAUUUUUUUUUUUACUGUCACUCAUUUUUUAUACUUGCAUAUGUUUAAGAAGCUGUGAAAAACCACUACUUGAAACUGCUAGUUGUGACCUAUUUCAAAAGCAAUAAAAUACUGCAGUAGGUAAAGUA